AUACCGCCCACCAGGCAGCCCCGGCAAAGCAAGCCAGCAGCAGCAGCAGCAGAAGCUCGACGUCAAGAGUGCGAGUGCGAGGACGAAGCUGAUCGAGCAGAGGGUCCGGUGGGCACACGCCGGCCGGGCAACGCGUGGUUGCUAGCCAAUCCGAUCCCCAGGCCAGAGCUGAUCGGGUGAUCGCCUCCUGAUAAGUGAAAGCAAGCGCGGCACGGCACGGCACGCGCGGCGCGAGGUGUAUAAGUACGGGAGCGUCCUCCGCUACCCUGCUGCGACGUCUCUCCCUCGCUCGCUUCCGCUAACUGCUCGAUCGGACUCGAGCAAGGAGCGUCGAGCCACCAUACUGGCCGGUCGGAGCAUGGAGGACAACGGCGCCGCUGCUGCCGCUGCCGCUGCCGCCGCUUCUGCGACGAGCGUGCCUGCCGAGAAGCACGUGGCGAUCCCCGCCGCGGCGGCGGUGACGACGAACGGCGGCGCCGAGGAGGACAAGGAGGCGGAGGACCUGCCGCCGGAGCCGGCAUUGCCGUGCGGGCCCAGGAAGACGGGGCUCCAUCUGUUCAUCAUGAACAUCAGGAGCGUCUUCAAGCUCGACGAGCUCGGAUCCGAGGUGCUCCGCAUUGCGGUGCCCGCGUCGCUGGCUCUGGCGGCCGAUCCGCUCGCCUCCCUGGUCGACACGGCGUUCAUCGGCCGUUUAGGUUCGGUGGAGAUUGCUGCUGUUGGUGUCUCAAUUGCCAUAUUUAACCAAGUCUCAAAAGUCUGCAUCUACCCUCUUGUUAGCGUAACAACAUCAUUUGUCGCGGAGGAAGAUGCUAUCAUUAGUAAAGUUAUCGAAGAAAACAGCAGCCAGGACCUGGAGAAAGCUUCCCAUGUGGAUUCAGAAACCAACAAUUUGCCUGUAGCUGGUCCUGAUAUGGCAGCAUGUGUCAACUCAUGUAUCCCCACAGAGUGUACAGAUCUCUCUAACCAUGGGAGCAAGAAGAAGUACAUACCUUCAGUCACGUCAGCGCUAAUAGUUGGUUCAAUUCUUGGGCUGCUUCAGGCCAUAUUCCUGGUUUUUUCAGCGAAAUUUGUACUAAGCAUCAUGGGUGUGAAAUCUGGUUCGCCAAUGCAAGGGCCUGCAGUUCGCUACCUAACAAUAAGAUCACUUGGUGCACCUGCUGUUCUACUGUCCCUGGCCAUGCAAGGGGUUUUCCGGGGUUUCAAGGACACAAAGACACCGUUAUAUGCUACUGUGGUUGGGGAUGCGGCGAACAUCAUACUAGACCCGAUUUUGAUGUUUGUUUGCCAUAUGGGUGUCACCGGCGCAGCUGUUGCUCAUGUUGCUUCUCAGUACCUGAUAACAUUGAUACUGCUGUGCCGGCUCGUCCAGCAAGUUGACGUUAUCCCUCCUAGCAUUAAAUCCCUGAAAUUUGGGCGAUUUCUUGGAUGUGGAUUCCUAUUGCUUGCAAGGGUUGUGGCCGUGACGUUCUGUGUCACCCUGGCGGCGUCGCUGGCUGCCCGCCAUGGACCAACCAUCAUGGCUGGUUUCCAAAUCUGCUGCCAGCUCUGGCUCGCCACGUCUCUUCUUGCCGAUGGAUUGGCCGUCGCAGGACAGGCUGUGCUUGCAAGUGCGUUUGCCAAAAAUGAUAAGAAGAAAGUAGCAGCCGCAACAUCUCGUGUGCUUCAGCUGAGCAUCGUUCUGGGCAUGGCUCUCACUGUUGUGCUGGGACUUGCAAUGAGGUUUGGAGCUGGCAUUUUCACCAAGGACCUGCCCGUGAUCGAAGUCAUCCACAAAGGCAUCCCGUUUGUCGCCGGCACGCAGACGAUCAAUGCCCUGGCCUUCGUGUUCGAUGGCAUCAACUUUGGAGCGUCAGACUACACAUACUCUGCUUACUCCAUGGUUGCCGUUGCGUCUGUGUCGAUCCCGUGCCUGGUGUACCUUUCCGCGCAUAACGGAUUCAUUGGUAUAUGGAUCGCAUUGACGAUCUACAUGAGCCUGAGGACCAUAGCUAGCACCUGGAGGAUGGGGGCAGCGAGGGGACCAUGGAAAUUUCUCCGGAAGUGAUGAGCUGAUGAUGUGUUGGCUUCAAAGAUGAUCCGCAGCACGCUGCUGAUAGAUAGGCUGCGCAUGCGCGUCUCAUGUAAAAUCAGCACAGUAUAGUAUGUGUCGUGUUGGUGUUCGAGCUUCGGAUAUAGAAGGUAGAUGGAGCCGGUGCUUCCUGAUCGUUGACGUGUGGGGAGAGUUUACGUUGCCCCUGUGAUUCAUGAUGUUGUAGUACGCCGGUGAUGACAGUUUUAUAUAUAUCACACUACAUGAGUACAUUGGUCUUUCUAGCAA